GCGCUCUUCAACGCCAACGCCAGGCCAGCUCGGUGGGGCUCAGGGGGAUCAAGGCCGUUUGACCCGUGUAGACUGGAGCUGGAGCCGGGCAUAGACACAACUUCCUGGCUCUUUGGGGCUGGGGCCUGCUCUCCGCAAUCUAGCCUCCUGUCCUUGGCCGGCCAGAACAUCCCCGUGAACCAGCAGCGCUCCAGACUCCAGGAAGGGGCCAGGGCCGAUUGCACCAUAUCCGGUACACGUAGAGCAGGAAGAUGUCGGAGCCCAUGGCGAUGAGCUUGCUGGAAGACUGGUGCCGGGGCAUGGGACUGGACAUCCACAGGUCCCUAUUGGUUACUGGUAUUCCUGAGCAUUGUAGUCAUGCAGAGAUCGAGGAGACCUUGAAUGGGGUCCUCUUGCCACUGGGCACAUACCGUGUGGUCAACAAAAUUUUUUUGCGGCAGGAGAACGUCAAAGCUGCGCUUGUUGAGGUUAGCGAGGGUGUGAACCUGAGCUCUGUACCCCGCGAGUUCCCGGGGAAGGGUGGUGUCUGGAAAGUGGUCUGCAGAGACCCCACCCAGGACGCUGAGUUUUUAAAAAAUCUGAACGAAUUCCUGGAUGGCGAAGGGCGCACUUGGGAGGACGUGGUACGUCUCUUGAGGCUCAACCAGCAUCCAUCAUCCCCGAACCCAAACCAGCCUCCACCGAACUGGGCAGAAGCCAUGGGGCUGCUCCUGGGCGCCGUGGUACAGGUUAUCUUCUACAUGGAUGCAGAAAUCCGUAAUCGGGAGGAAGAAGCGAGGGCCGAGGAGGCCAAGCUGAUGGCGACUUGGGCGUCAACAGCAAGGAGACCGGUAAAGAAGGAACCCGGACUGGCUGUAGAGGUGGGCUCGACUUUCAAGAUGGAGGACCGAAACUACUGGAAGACUGCAGAGGACCGUGGUGACUCUCCAAAACCUCUGUUUCGCCGGACUGGAGGUAAGAUUCGCUCCAGGAGAAGGAAGCAGAAAAAAAAUCCUAAGCAAGAACCAAUAUGCUGGAGAAAACCCCAAGGCAACAAUUACAAUAAGGCGAAUUUAGAAGGCGCUGAAGCUGCAGCUGCCCGAAACUCAGAGAUCCCGGAGUCUGUCAAGAACAACAAAAAACCCUUUGUGAAGCAGGAGGAGACAGUUUGGAAGAAGAAAAGAGUCUGGAAGGAUCCCAACGAUCUUCCUCGGCGUUCACGGGCCACAGCAGAGGGCCCUGGGAAUCUGGAGGACUCAGAUCAAGAAGGUGGUCCUGAGAGCCCUCCAAAGAAGAAAGCCAUGACCUGGGCCACAAAUAAGAUCCCUGCCCCCAUGAGGAAGAAGAAGAAGAUGGGCGUGGGCUCUCUCUCUUAUGUUCUGAUUGAUUCUGAAGUUACCAAGAACACGCCCGUGAUUCCCAAGAAAGGGCCUGGUUCUAGAAGGGCCAUGUUGGUUCAAAGGGCUCCUCGGGGGCCCCAACCUGCUAAUGCACCUGCUUCAGCUUCCGGUGCUCAGAAGACUAAGCCAGGAGGCUUCUCUCAUGUCUCCAAAGAUUCCAGAAAGCUAUGAUUUGGGGAACCCUGCACCUGAGGAGGUGGAAGAGCAUCGAGAAAGAAGUUUCGAGUUGGAAGCAGACUUUUUCUUUGUGGUUGAAUGAAAUAUGACUUUGGACUCUGUAGGGGCCUGUUAAGUGUGUGUGCUCUGACCCGCACAGGUAACGAUGUAAGGCCUUAGGAGGUGUGUGUGCUGGGGUAACUCUGUCCUUUCCUCAGGAGGAGCUUCUUUUCAUCUCUGCUCACCCUCAAAGGCGGAAGAGGUGAUAAGUAGCUUUGGAAAAUGCUAGAACAUUCUUUCCCUUUUACCCACAAGAGGGCUCUUGGUUAUGUUUAUCCACAUUUAGCCUUUAUCUUCCUCUACCCUCUGAUUUUUCUUCUGGAGGCCCAGCCCACUUGUAGAGCCUGAAGUCCAGAAGGGCAGGUGGCCAUUCUGUCCCUUGUGCUAUAAGCAUUCGGUAAGUCAGGCCUUGCUCUUCGAAGCUUGCUUCGUGUACUUCAACUUUGAUCCUUCAGCAGCCUAGCCAGAAGUUGGCUAGGUCCCAAGAGUUGGUUCUGGAGAAAACCCAAACAUCUGCUUGCCCUUGAAUUCUUCAGAUUUCAGAGUCUUUAAAAAAAAAAAAAAAAAAAAAACGGAUGGCAGGGGAGAUGACUCAGAGGGAAAGAGGGCUUGCAGUGUAAACACAGGGACCUAAUUUCUAAUCCUUAGGACUCAUGUGAAAAGGUCCUGCGUGGCUGCCUGUGCCUGUAACACCAGCAUCGGUGGUGGAGACAGGUCAAUCCCAAGGACUUGCUGGCCAGCCCCCCCAUCUGAGCCGGUGAGCUUCUGGGCAGGGGAACCCCCCAGUGAGGAGCUGGGGGCGUGGCCAAUUGGCAGAGCUCCUGCCUAGCAUAUGCAAGGCCCUGGGUUUAAUCUCCAGAACCAAUAAAAAACAAAAUGGAAUAAAAACAGCACUUUAGUUCCCAAAUGGAGUGAUGCCCCUCUCAGAAAGCCUGCAGGGGAGAGGAGAGGUUGGUAGAGAAAAAUCAGCAGUUAGCUCAAAUUCUGUUGACCUCUUAGAGACCCCCUAUCAUUGAGGCUUAAGUCAGAUGUUCACAUUAUAGGAAGAAAGGGAAAAUCUCUUUUCAACAGUUUCUUUUAAAUGGACAGAAUUCUGUCUUCUAAAUUUAGUGCCAUUAAAUCUGACCAUGCUGCCCUGUACCUUCUGUGUGUGUGUGAAGGAGAGAGAAUGGUGUCUUCACCAUCUGUGGUUUCUAAGCUACAUCCUGGGGACUCUUUUUUUUUUUUUUUCAUGUUUAGAAGCACGAAAGAGAUGCUGGAGAUACGACUCAAAGAGAAAAGGGACAGGGGCUUGCCACCAAGUUCGAGUCCCUGGGUUCAAUCCCCAACACCCACAUAGUGAAAAAAGAGAAGCAACACCCGUGUUAGCCUCUGAUCUCCACAAGUACGCCCCCAGGAAAUAAAUACAAUAAAACAUUUUAACAUUCAGAAGAAGCAGCUGUGGUGACACGUGGCUGUAAUCCCAGCAUGUGGAGACUGAGGCAGGAGAAUUGUUAUGAGUUCAAGGCCAGCUUGGGCUAUAGAGUGAGACCCUGCCUCAAAAUAAAUAAGUAAAUAAGAACAUUUUGUUUAAAGUGUAGAAAAAUGAAAACUCAACUGUGUUGUGAUCCAAAAUAUUCCCUUGUGUGUAUAGGAUAACUGUAACUAGCCAUUCACUCUGUAUUUUGUAUAUAGUUGUAUUUUUCUGUGUGUGUGUGUCCAUCUGUGCAUGUGCGUGUAUGUGGAGGCAGAGGGUUUCUUUGGGUGUCACUCCUCAGCCACCACCCACCUUUUUAUGAGACCCAGUCUCUCACUGUCCUGAAACUGGCUAGGAGGCUGGUGGGGCAGUGGACCCCAGGGAUGCCCCCCUCCCGCCCCCAGCACUGGGGCUAUAAGCCUGUGCUACAACGUUGACUUUUUUGUUUGUUCUGGGGAUCAAACUCAGAUCAUUCCUCUUGCAACAUAGUUUUCUAAUGAGGUGUCGGGUGUGUGUGUGUCUCCUCCCUCCCCCACUCUCUAAGUUUCUUGUAGGUGUGAACUUUGAGGAGAAAGGUCGGAAGGGAGUGGAAGGGAUUUGGUCCCCUGCAUGUCCUGUAACACAAUAUCCAAAAUGAGUCUGCGCCUGUGUGUUUCGCUUUCCUGUUCAGCUGUGACAGAGCUAACCUUGCUAACCUGUGCUAACCUGGUACACAGUGGGCUUUCCGUCCUGGACUGCCAGCCCUCGUGAGUUUUCAUGCCCUUUUCCCAACUUCAGAUUUCUUGAUCCAGAAACUGUGAUCAGUUGUUAAACAUUUGUCAGUGAAUCAGUCAGCCGCCAGCCGCUUUUCCUAUGAUAAUCCUUCGUGGACGUAGCACAUUGAUACAACGAUCAAUGACUGUAAAUGUGUGAGUGUAAAAUAAAGUUGU